GAGGAGGAGGAAGGCGUCCAUGAAGCCGGCCCGCGCAUGGAGGAGGCCAUGAGCGGCGACCGCACCGAGAGCGACUGGCAGGGGCUGGUGAGCGAGUACCUGGUGUGCAAGAGAAAGCUGGAGAGCAAGAAGGAGGCGCUGCUGAUCCUGUCCAAGGAGCUGGACACCUGCCAGCAGGAGAGGGACCAGUUCAAGCUCAUGGCCAAUCAACUUCGAGAACGCCACCAGUCCCUCAAAAAGAAGUACCGGGAGCUGAUCGAUGGAGAUCCGUCACUUCCCCCUGAAAAGAGGAAACAGGCUAAUCUUGCACAACUACUGAGAGAUUCUCAGGACCGAAACAAACAUCUGGGAGAAGAAAUUAAAGAACUUCAGCAAAGGCUUGGAGAGGUCCAGGGUGACAAUAAGCUCUUGAGGAUGACAAUCGCCAAACAGAGGCUUGGGGACGAAGAGAUUGGCGCACGGCACUUUGCAGCCCACGAGCGUGAAGAUUUGGUGCAGCAGCUGGAGCGGGCCAAGGAGCAGAUUGAGUCCCUGGAGCAGGACCUGCAGGCCUCGGUGGACGAGCUCCAGGACGUGAAGGAUGAGCGGGCCUCCUACCAGAACAAGGUGCAGCGGCUGAACCAGGAGCUCAACCACAUCCUGGGUGGCCACGAGAACCGCAUCAUCGACGUGGACGCUCUGUGCAUGGAAAACAGGUACCUUCAAGAGAGAUUGAAGCAGCUCCACGAAGAGGUGAACCUCCUGAAAUCCAACAUUGCCAAAUACAAGAAUGCUCUUGAGAGACGAAAGAACUCAAAGGGCCAGGGCAAAUCCAGCAGCAGCGCUCUGACCGGAGUCCUGUCUGCAAAGCAAGUUCARGACCUGCUCUCCGAGGACCACGGGUGCAGUCUCCCCGCUACUCCGCAGUCCAUUUCUGACCUGAAAUCUCUGGCAACCGCCCUGUUGGAGACGAUCCACGAGAAAAACAUGGUCAUCCAGCACCAGAGGCAGACCAACAAAAUCCUGGGGAAUCGUGUGGCUGAGCUGGAGAAAAAACUAAGAACUCUGGAAGUUUCUGGUUUGUGGAGUCUUCCAGGCCUGAGCUACAAUGUUUCCGUGGGACUCGGGAGAGGCAAGGACACCCUACUGUUCAGCGACCCUGCUCUUCCCACCACACAGAGGUCGAGAUCCCCCCUGCUGAAGUUUGUCGACCAGCCCACAGAGACCAGAGUGAAUCCCAAGGAUGGGGAGGCUCAGAAGCAAGAAGGAGACGAAAGCCUGGCCGCCGCYGCCGGGGUGUUGACAGCGCCUGACGACGCUGCGAGCCCCGCUGUCAGCUCCCCAGCAAAUCCGAGCCCCGGGAACCCGCGAGAGCACUUUCAUCCUUCAUUACCCCAGUUACCUUCUGCGGAAGGAGAAGCAAACAGGCUUGGAAGGGAAAUAAUUAAACUGACAGAGGAACAGGCRGCCGCUGGACUGGAAGAGGUCAGGRGAGGGAGUCCCACCGAGGGCCGSAGGAGCGAGCCGGGGCUGUCCCCGCAGGGCCUGGCCUCCGCGGGGGAGCUCUCCGCGUCUCCCCUGGUCAGCYUGGAGGACACCAAGCCAGUGGCCGAGGAUUCCACACGGGAAGACGGCGAAGGGGUCCCCGAGGGUGGGGACACCAAGAGCGCCGUGCCAACUUGAGAGGGACCGGGGUCCGACKGGAUGGCACACAGGAGGCACCAGGGACGGUAAGGGAAGGAGGGGACSUCCAACACGCUCUCGGGCCGCCUUCUCCUAAGACACCUCCGCGUGUGCAAACCCUGCUCCCGCGGCAAACUGGGCACGUUCCGAUGAUUUAUUCCACGCGGGUCCUGGAGCUUCUCGGCGGCGUCAUCCCUUUCUGCGAAGACGCGCUGCUGUGACACGGCCCGGCGCGGGGAYGGUGGCUGCCAUAUGGCUGGUUCGCGGCAUCCGUCUUUCUGUCGGCAUUUGUUUUAUCCGAGAUCAGAUGUUUUUCUAUUAGCAUUUAAUGUUGUCGAUCAAAAUUAUGGGGAAGAGCUGGGAAGGGACGGGUUUUAAUCAGGCCUCCGUCGAGGUCAUGGCGAGGCGGCUGGAGGGAGAGGUGUGAUUGAGUGUAAUGCGUCCACGGGGCCCUCGGCUGCACUCCAUCAUGUCAGGGCCCCAGGACCUCGCAGCGUGGGUGUUCCUGGCUUCCCGCGGCAGCACUGUCUGUCACGGGCCGACUGGCAGGCGAAGGGGACUUGGGCGGGCUGAGAAGGCUGGCUUCUGGUUUGGAAUCUGCAGCCUGCGAGGCUGAAGGAUUAAUUGAUCUCAAGUGAAGGAGCCGGAAGGAGGGGAAGGGGCAGGGGACCCCAGCCGUGCUCUGACGUUUGUUUCUGAGAUGAGAUGAGGGCUAGAUCUAGAAAUGAUGGCCUCCCUAUUCUGCAUGUGCUGCCUACCUGCUUUGAUUGCCUUUKGGGGCUGGGGAAGAGCUGCUGCUUAUGGGUCAGUCUAGUUUCCUGGACCAGCCCUUCACACCUUCAGAACACUCAGGCCACUGCCCCUGUGCCACCAGAUGCUGGGGUUUUAGAGACAAGACAGAGCCCAUGGCCCUACAGGGCAAGAGAGAGGAAAACACCAUGACUUCACUACAGCGCAGCCCACGGACAGGACUGAGAACCAAGUGUACAAGGUCAAGGGCACAGAAAGAGGGAACAGUCCCCCCCACCCCACCCCAGCUGCUACUUUCCUUGGGGAUGAAAAUGAGMCUUUCCAGGUGGACCAGAGCUUCAGGGAAUUGCAGAGCAUCAGCCCACAGACCCUUCUCUGAGCCGGGCUAGGUUCCUCCCCCCAGGAUGGUCCAGUGCGGCAUCCCAAAGCUCAGAACCCCUCUGAACCACAGUCACUCUUUUGAAACGCCCCCUGCAGGGAAAAGAGAGCCUCCCAAGGUGGCAGGGCUUGGAAAUUCAUCCUAAGAAACCAAAGCUUGUUCCAGGGCCAUGGUCCUGGGUGGGAAACCUGUACAGGUGGCCAGCCCCGGCCUGCACUUCCUGUGGUUUUCGUCUCCUGUGACCCUCCUGGCUGAAUGACAGCCCAUCGGAUAUGGUACUGCCUGACUCUGAAGGAGGAAGGAGUGCAACCAGAAAGGCCACUGUGUGGGCCUCCAGCUGCUGCUCUCCCACUCACUAGAGGUCACCCCCCUUGAGAAAUGAGAGGGUCCUGGAGUCAGUACCCUGUUGCUCCUUGGGACAAGGACACGUCCUCAGUCCCUGACUGCAGAGCCCCCAGUGUUCCAUCCCUGCCUCUGUGUUCCAGUCUGUCCAUCACCCCUCAGACCCACCCCAUAAGUCCUGCUCAGGGGAGGUGGCUUCUGCAGCUCCGAAGCUCCCACAGGCCAGCAGUCGAGAACUUCUCUGGAUUGGGCCUCAACUACUGCACAGGACACCAGAGCCACCACAGGAAAACACAACCAGAUUUAAUACAAUAAUAACAAAAGGGAAAAUUUUGCCACACAGAAGUUCUGGUGUUGACACACAGUUAGCCAAGUGUUUAUGUUUAAGGCCUCGUUCAUCACCUUUUGGAAAGCUGGGCUUAUGAUAAACUCUAACACAUGUCAUCAGGACCAGAAAGCUCUGGGAGCCCCAGAGAGCCUGGGCUUUGGGGAGAUGGGGACAAAGGGAGCUUUGACUUAAAUUCUCUGUGUACAGUUAGCUUGGGAGGGUCACGUGUUAUUAGGUAGACCAGGAGCCAGUGAGUUAGGACCCUGUCACAUAGGAUCCAAGUCCAACAUGCCAUUCAUAUGUGUGUGUGACACUAUGUCCCCUCCAACACUGUUCGUCUGUCCCUCAGACAUUAAAGGGAGCAUCAGCAAUUUCUUGUGGUUGUCUGCCUGUCUUCUUAAGAGUUGUUGGAAAAGUUUGUGGUAUUCUUGUCCCCACUCCACCAGAUGACCCCACGCCAAUCAUGGUUCUCUCAGCAGCAAGUCACCCUUACAGGAAUGUCAACAAGAGGGAAGGGAGUUCUCUUGCAUAACAAGGACCUCUGAAGUGGGGCACUCCAGGGCUGGUUCAAAGACCAGCGGCAAUCUGGGUUUCCAUGUCCCUGGUUCACGUUCCCCAUGAUAAACAAGACAGCCGCGCCAGCCCCAGG